GCACCAAAAGUCCAAAACCCCCCAAAACAUAUCUUACCACUGGCCACGGCCUUUUAAAUUUUACUCUCUUCAAAGCUCAAAGAAUAUCAGCUUUCAGUUUUCACACGUCUUUGAUGAGCUCAUACUUCUCAUCUUUACGUUUUUCAACUGUUUCCUACAAACCCUAACAACUUCUAUCCUGUACCCUUAUCUUCAAUCUCAAAAUUACGAAUCCCUAAUUUGCAAAUUUCACUAUUUGGGAGCAUCUCGAGGUUGGAAACGGUUCAAUUUGAGCUCAUGAGCUAAAGCUGAGUUCUAGAAGCGUCGUUGUUCCUGGUAACUUUCUUUCAAUCUUCUAUUGAUAGUUGGUAAAACCUGAGAUUUACUGUCACUUAUGGAAUCUAUGUUACUACUUAUGAAUUUGACGAGUAAGCUGGGUCAGGCGAACAACGUGAUUGUUUAAGUUGUACUUGAUGCUUGUUACUGUAGUACUACCGUUUGAUUUACUGAUUUCCUAUAGAGUGAAGUUUUAAGGGCUAAUUUGAAUUUUCAGAAGAAAUUUAAGGUUUAUUUUGGGAAAUGAUGUCUGUGGAGAGAUCAUUUGAAGCAUGGGAAGAGGUGCAAAGACAUGGGCAAGACUUAGCUGAUAAGCUUGCUCAAGGAGUCACUGGUUUGAUUCAGUCGCAUAUUAGUCCUCCAUCGUUUUCGUGGCCUGAUCCACAAAGUUCCAAGCUUUUUGAUGUAGAGUUGAUUAGUCAAAGCUUCAUUCCGAGGGAUUUUGGGAUAGCUGUGGAUAACACUGCAAUUUCAGGGGUUUCCGCCAUUUUUGAUAUUGGGAACAGAUUAGGGCAGGCUACCAAGCUUUUUGAUGUCGAGUUGCCAAGUCAGAAUUUCAUUCCAAGGGAUUUUGGGAUCAGUGUUGACAACUCUACUAUUACAGGGGUUUCAUCAAUUUUUGAUAUUGGGAACAGAAUAGGACAGGCUGGAGCAGACUUCGGGGCUUGCUUAAAUGGAAUGGUUCAGCAGUUUGUCAGGAAGUUGCCAUGGCCUUUUCGGCAAGACGAGAAGUUAGGGGUAUCUAUGAUGGCGGGGACGGAUAGCCAUAGAGCUGAUCUGGGUAUUACAUUGCAGGAGGAUUUGGGUUCGUUGGCUGAAAGAUUUAGGGGAUAUGGGAACGCUGAAAAGGAUUCAGCUGAUGAUAGGCCGGGCGAAGAAGAGUUUUUUGGUGUUAAUUUGAAGGCAUUCAAAAAUUUUGGCAGAUCACAGGGUACGAUCAAUGUUUCAUCAACAUAUGAAAGUAGGACCAGAAAUGUAGAAAGUUCUGUGGUUGCCAGAGGAGAUUUAUGGAGAGUUGAGGCAUCACAGGGCAGUUCCACAUCAGGAAAUGAAAAUUCUUCCCUGUUCCUUGUCCAGCUUGGACCAGUGCUUUUUGUCCGUGAUUCAACAUUACUUCUGCCAGUUCACUUGUCUAAGCAACACCUUCUUUGGUAUGGCUAUGAUAGGAAGCGUGAAAAUGAAGGCGCAUUUGGAGUUGGGAUGGGUAAUGUCUUCAUAGUCUAUUCCACUUGGAAAUUUCUCAUACUGGUGAUGCAGACAUUAUCACGUGGGAUGCAUUCUCUUUGUCCAGCUGUGUGGUCAAAGCAUCGAAGGUGGCUGCUUAUGUCAAUGAUCUGCCUUAAACCUUUGGCCUGUUCGUUUAUGGACUUGCAAUUUCCAAAUGGUCAAAUAAAUUAUGUGGCUGGGGAGGGCGUUUCCACCAGUGCCUUUUUACCUCUAUGUGGAGGUCUGCUCCAAGCCCAGGGUCAAUACCCAGGGGAGCUCAAGUUCAGUUUCUCUUGCAAGAAUAAAUAUGGAACGUGCAUUGUGCCAAUGAUGCAUUUGCCUGACAAAUCAUUUAGCUUUGGGGUCACCCAGGCUUUAGCUUGGAAGAGAUCUGGUCUCAUGUAUAGGCCAACCGUUCAAUUAAGUGUAUGCCCGACAUUUGGUGGGAGCAGCCCUGGUUUGCAGGCAGAAAUCACACAUUCUCUAAAGGAGGUAUUAAGUGUCAUCUGUGGUUGCACAGUUGCAAGACAUUCUUCUGCCUAUGCGUCGUUAGCUCUUGGGCGAUCCAAGUGGAAUGGAAAUGUUGGGAGCUCAGGGUUGGUUUUCAAGGUUGAAACCCCUCUUGGCAACACUGUCCGGCCUUCCUUCUCUGUUCAGUUGAACAGUGGGAUCGAGUUCUAAUCCUUUCCAUGCACCAAUAGAUCCCCCCGCAAGCGAAAAAGUCACAUAAUACUGCAAUCAACUGUAAAUAGCUUAUACCCUUCAGUAUGGCAAUGAAGGACUGUUCUGUGUAUAGUUCCUUUAAAGCUUAUGUCUCUUUGGUGAUGUUAUUCUGCUUUAAUGGCCCAAAAGGGGAAUUUGAUCGUUAAUAACAUAGUAUUUCCGGUGCCUGCUUUUUAUUUC